GCAGUCAGCGUGAGUGUGCGUGUGAGUGGGGAGGAGGAGGAGGAGUGAACACAGGAACUACCACAGCAGAUCUCUGAGCUUCUUCAUCUCCCACGCUGCACUUUUUAAAAAAGCUCUCCCUCUCGGCCAUUUUUUCCUGCAACUUCUUCUCUGCAAACUGUUCGUCUGCCUCUCCUCCUCCUUGUAUCGGGUGUGGCCGGGUCGGUGUGAGUCAGCAGGAACCGAAGGCGACCAUGGCCUUCCUUGGGAGCGCAGCUCGGCGGUUGGUGUUGGCAGCACGCCCCCCUCUCUCUCCUCUGUGCCGGACGAGUGCUCGGUCCUACAGCUCAACACCCACCCAGGAAAAAAGUGUCCCCUACGAGAAGACGCUCCAACAGAAGGAUGGAUCGUCCUCUGGACCCACUAAACCUCUGCCCAGGUCAGCGGACGCGGUGGUGAUCGGAGGAGGCAGCCUGGGCUGUCAGACCAUCUACCACCUGGCUAAAAUGGGACUGACCAAUGUAGUCCUGCUGGAGAGAGACAGACUGACCGCGGGCACCACCUGGCACACUGCAGGCCUGCUGUGGCAGCUCCGUCCCAGUGACGUUGAGGUGGAGCUCCUGGCCCACACCAGGAACGUGAUCAGCAAAGACCUGGAAGAGGAGACGGGCCUCCACACCGGAUGGAUCCAGAAUGGAGGACUCUUCAUCGCCUCCAACAAGCAGAGACUGGACGAGUACAAGCGCCUCAUGUCGCUGGGUAAAGUUUAUGGUAUUGAGUCCCACGUGCUGUCACCUGCUGAGACCAAGGACCUGUAUCCUCUGAUGAACGUCGAUGAUCUGUAUGGAACCCUGUAUGUACCAAAAGACGGCACCAUGGACCCAGCCGGCACCUGCACCACCCUGGCCAGAGCUGCCUCCGCCAGGGGAGCCAAGGUGAUUGAGAACUGCCCUGUGACUGGAAUCACCGUGCGCACAGAUGACUUAGGGGUGAAGAGGGUGAAGGCGGUGGAGACCCCUCACGGGACAAUUGAAACACCUUGUGUAGUGAACUGUGCAGGUGUGUGGGCUACCAAGCUGGGGGAAAUGGCCGGAGUCAAGGUGCCUCUCAUAGCGAUGCAUCAUGCCUAUGUGGUGACGGAGAGAAUUGAAGGCAUACAGAACAUGCCAAAUGUCAGGGACCAUGAUGCAUCUGUGUACCUGCGGCUCCAAGGUGACGCCUUGUCUGUGGGCGGCUACGAACAAAACCCCAUCUUCUGGGACGAGGUGUCUGAUAAGUUCGCCUUCAGUUUGUUUGACCUGGACUGGGAUGUAUUCAUGCAACAUAUCGAGGGUGCGAUUAACAGAGUCCCCAGUUUGGAGCAGACUGGCAUCAAGUCCACUGUCUGUGGACCAGAAUCAUUCACAGCCGACCAUAAGCCGUUGAUGGGAGAAGCACCAGAGGUCAGAGGUUUCUUCCUGGGAUGCGGUUUCAACAGUGCGGGUAUGAUGCUGGGAGGAGGCUGUGGUCGAGAGCUGGCUCACUGGAUCAUACACGGCCGCCCUGAGAAGGACAUGUAUGGAUACGACAUCAGGCGUUUCCACAACUCACUUACGGACAACGCUUCCUGGAUCAGAGAGAGGAGCCACGAGUCGUACGCUAAAAACUACUCUGUGGUGUUCCCCUUUGAUGAGCCGCUGGCCAGUCGAAACAUGAGGAAAGACCCUUUCCAUCAGGUGCUGAUGGAGCAGGGCUGUGUGUUCCAGGAGAGACAUGGCUGGGAGAGACCUGGCUGGUUCAACAAAGAUGGGCCUGCCCCUGUUAAAGACUAUGAUUACUAUGGAGCUUAUGACAUUCAGAGGAAUGUGAACUACAAAUACAACGAUUUGUUGGGCAAAGAGUACACCUUCAACUUCCCUCCACACCAUGACGUGAUUAAGAGCGAGUGCCUCUCAUGUAGACACGGUGUGGCUGUGUUUGACAUGUCCUACUUUGGAAAGUUUUAUCUCACCGGACCAGAUGCCAAGAAGGCGGCUGAUUGGCUGUUCACUGCUGAUGUCAACAAGAAACCAGGCUCCACCGUGUAUACCUGCAUGCUGAAUAAGAGAGGAGGGGCGGAGGCUGACCUGACAGUGAGCAGACUGGAGCCUGGUGCCGCCAUGCUGCCCCUGGCACCAGAAUCCAACGGUGAGAAAGUUCGAGAGGUACUUCAGGAGGUGCUGGACGCAGACCUGAGCAACGAAAGUUUCCCCUUCUCUACCCACAAGGUUGUAAACGCAGCAGGACAUCAGGUGCGAGCUAUGCGUCUGUCGUUUGUCGGGGAGCUCGGCUGGGAGCUGCACAUUCCCAAAGACUCUUGCCUUCCGGUCUACCAUGCUGUCAUGGCUGCUGGUGCAAAGCACGGCAUCAUCAACUCGGGCUACAGGGCCAUCGACUCGCUCAGCAUAGAGAAAGGUUACAGACAUUGGCACGCUGACCUCCGCCCGGAUGACACCCCCUUGGAGGCGGGGCUAGCCUUCACCUGCAAACUGAAGAGUUCGAUCCCGUUCCUGGGUCGCGAUAGGCUGGAGAUACAGAAGCAGGAGGGGCUGAGGAGGCGCAUUGUCUGCUUCACCAUUGACGAGAAAGUACCAAUGUUCGGUCUGGAGGCCGUGUUCCGUAAUGGAGUUCCUGUCGGUCACCUAAGGCGUUCUGAUUACGGUUUCUUUAUCGACAAAACUAUUGGUUAUGGAUAUAUCCGCAACCCUGAUGGAGGAGUGGUCAGUGCUGAUUUCAUAAAGAGCGGCGACUUCACCCUGGAGAGGAUGGGAGUGACGUACAAGGCCAAGGCCCACCUCAAAACUCCAUUUGACCCUGAGAAUAAACGAAUCAAGGGCGUCUAUGCUUGAGGACCACAAAUGAAAAAAAACAAACUGAAACAAACACAUUCUGCUCGGAGGCUGAGAGAGGAGCAGCUGAUUUUUCUCUUUUCUUUCAUGGAUGGUCUCAAAUCUGUAUCGAGAUGUUGAAGAGGAUCUGAUUUGAGUCUGUUAUGUCGGAGUGGUUUUUUGUGUUAAAGGUGAUUUAAGGUCUCAGCUCCAGAUUAUUGAUGCCCACUCUGGAUUUGCGAGUUCUCUGGUGAACAUGACGAAGGUAAAUAUUUCUUGUUGUCUCCUGCAAUCAAGAAGCUAGCACAGUGGUAAUUCAGAUUCACUCCUAUGAUUAUACUGUAGGUGCAAUUGUAAAGUUUAACAUGAACUUCAAACAUCUGCUGGCUUUGUGACUAUAUCACAGCUAGAAGGGCUGAAAGUGACACACGCAGGUUGGAAGUGCUAGAUUUCUGCACAUGCCCACAGUCUUGCUUACCUUGGAAAAACUUAUUGUAGUAAAAUAAUGAGAAGGCUUCAUGAAAUAUUGACUAAGCAAGACUUUUCCAGAUUAAUGGUAUCAGGGUCACAUAUUGUGUGUAACAGCACAGUUAAAGGUCCAGUGUGUAAGAUUUAGGUGAAAGGGAACUAUUGGCAGAAAUUGAAUGUAGAAUAAUCCUCAUGAUGUUUUCACUAGUUCAUUUCAUUUAAAAAUGGUAUGAAUUGUAGUUUUCUUUACCCCAGAAAAGGUCCUUUAUAUUUUAAUACGUUAUAUUUACAUCGAGGGGACCCUCUCUACAGAGGCUGCCAUUUUUACAGUAGUCCAGACUGGACAAACUAAACACCUUUUGAGUUUUUAUCACAACUGAAGCUACCACAGGUUCUUUUUCAWGUUUGGAARGAGAGGGUGRGGWGAGGGGURUUCAGCUGCAACAUGCAAUUUCAAAACUAGAUAUCACAAAAUUCUACACACUAUUUUACCUAUAUAUAUAUAUAUAUAUAUAUAUAUAGAGAGAGAGAGAGAGAGAGAGAGAGAGAGCACAACAGUAUCUAAAACAUUGCUGUACAUUGAGGCUCCAGAACCAUUGUCUUCCUCUUCUCCAGAAGCAAUGUUGGAAAACCUUAGCUAGUGCACAUGUCUGAGUCCAAAUUCUGAGAAAGUUUGUCUUUAUUUUGAGGACGGUUCUCAUUUUAAAAACAACAUUUGUGCAUGUGUGUGUGUGUCAAACUCAGGCUGUUGAUUCUAUUUUCUGUUUAUUAUGGUGCUGUAAUCUUGUCAUGUAUUUUUCCUGUGAGACCAUAUUGUACUACAUUAAGGAAUACAAUACAAAGUAUUCCCAAACUACACAGUUGCCCCGCAGGUGUCUGGAGUGAAUUACAAUGACUGAUGUUAGUGCUGAUAAUAAUGACUGAACAGAGUUUUACUCAUGUGGUGUCUAAAUGUGAGUGUUCAUCAGAGGUGGAGGAGAAGGUGGAGAGAAACAUCCUGAGGCACAGAGCGUAACAACCAGGGACUAAACACAGCUGAGGAAGAAUGAUGACAGGAAAAAACUUCAGUUAACAAGAAGCAGCUGUUGAUGGUAACUUGCUUUUUGAGAAUUUGCAUUGACUAUUGAUGUGUUAAAGAAAUCCCCUUUGUCUUACUUUUCUGUUAAAGUCAAACCUAAUAUUUUGUGUGUCUGCUUCACAGUGAUCUCUGUAAACAGAGUCUAUACAGGCUGUGGGAUGAGAUUUUGAGGCAGGAAGUCUUCUGGUUUCUGUGUCUAGUUCGUCCAGCAGGCUUGAAUCCGCUUUUUAAGUUACCUGCUUUCAUAUGCAGGUAUAGCUAUUAAUUGAAAUGAGCCAAAAUGUCAUCCGGACCUAAAACACCUACAGAAAGUAUCUCUGUAUGUGUUUU